GCUCUACUCCAGCAAUUCGAGCAAAAGACAACGCAACAACCAUGGGUACUCCGGGCAGCAUCACCAACCCGAAGCUCAAGACUCAGCUUUGGGAAUAUGGCAAGCGUAGAAGAACAGAUGGGCCGUAUGCAGACAACCUGGAAGUCGAUGCCCUUGUCGUCGGAGGUGGCUUUGGAGGUGUCUUCUGCUUUCACUCUUUACGCCAAGCAGGUCUGAACACGGCAAUCUACGAAGCUGGCACGGAUCUUGGAGGAACAUGGCGAUGGAAUUGCUAUCCUGGAGCCAUGGUCGACUCUGAAGUUCCCGAGUACCAACUCUCAAUUCCUGAAACAUGGAAGACAUACAACUGGCCAAAUAAUUAUCCAACGUAUCGAGAGCUCAGAGACUACUUCGACCAUUGCGACAAAGUCCUGGAUAUCAAGAGUCACACUGCGUUCGACAGUGUGGUUGUUGGUGCUGAGUUCGACACCGAAGCAGGCAAAUGGCAUGUCAAGACUGCAGAUGGCAGGACUGCGAAGACCAAGUACCUUGUCAUUGCCGCCGGAUUUGCGGCAAAGCGAUACGUUCCCGAUUGGCCAGGCCUCGAAAAGUUCAAGGGUUUCGUGUCUCAUUCGUCGUUCUGGCCCGACGAUGAAAUCGAUGUCAAAGGGAAGCGUUGUGCAAUUAUUGGGACAGGCGCCUCUGGCGUGCAAAUUACUCAAGCAUGGGGCCCGACCGCUGGCCAGUUGAAGGUGUUCCAGCGCACACCUAACCUGACUGUACCAAUGCGUCUCCGAAACCUUACAGUCGACGAGCAAACUGAAGGCAAGAAAUGGUACCCAGAACUGUUCGACCUACGCGAGCGAUGCUUCGGCGGCUUCCUUUACGACUUCUCCGAGAAAAUGACCUUCGAAGACAGCCCGGAAGAACGCGAAGCCUUCUUCGAGAAACUUUGGUCCGAUGGCGGUUUCCGUUACUGGCUGGGCAACUACAAAGAUUACCUCUUUAACGCCAAAGCCAAUCGUGCAGUUUACGACUUCUGGCAGAAGAAGCAGGCCCUUCGACUGAAAGAUGCACGCAAGCGCGACAUUCUCGUACCAAAGGAGCCACCGCAUCCAUGGGGAGUCAAACGUCCAUGCCUUGAAUAUGGAUAUUUGGAGCAAUUCAACCGAGACAAUGUCGAUGUUGUUGACAUCCGCCACAACCCCAUCCAGGAGUUCAAUGAGAACGGUAUCAAGCUUUCCGAUGGUACUCAGCAUGACUUCGAUGUCAUAUGCAUUGCUACUGGCUUCGAUGUUGUCACCGGUGGCAUGACUGCUAUGGGUCUCAAAGCUCUCAAUGGCGAGCAAUUGGAGAAACAAUGGAAGAAGGCGGCUUACACCUACCUCGGCACCACUGUGGCUGGAUAUCCCAAUAUGUUCCAUCUAUAUGGACCACAGGGUCCAACUCUCCUUUCCAAUGGUCCAACUUCAGUCGAAAUCCAAGGCCGCUGGAUCACCGACGCAAUCAAACUUUGCGAGCGUAAUAACAUCAAAUACAUCAACCCAACCGAUGCUGCCAGCAAGGACUGGAAGCGCAAGAUCAAUGCUUUGAGUGACAGAUCUCUGUUCCCAACGACGAAAUCGACAUACAUGGGCGGCAGCUUGCCUGGCAAAGCCUUCGAACAUACUUGCUAUGCCGGCGGCAUGUACAACUAUGCUCAGGAGAUCAGAAGUGUCUUGCCACAUUUCGAAGGAUUUGAAGUCGUCAAGAAUUGAACACAUGGGCAAUCGCUCUCCAAUUGAAACGUCGUCUAGCUCAUUACGAUAGCUCGUUUGAUUUCGCCGUGCAG